GAGCAAACGCAGCAAGGAACGGACGCAUUCCUUAUUGUACGGCCGCGUUACGUGCACGUCUCCAAAACACCGUUUAUCGAUAACUCAUUCGCAUCACUAGACCGCGAAUUCGAUUGAAUGAACCGAGUACAUUUUGUGACUGUGAGAAACGUGUGUUAAAAAGUUGUCCUUUGAAAAAAAAUGAUCCAUGAUUUUUUAAGAAUACAAUAUUAUAUGUACUUCGCUAUAAAGUAAUUACAACUCUUUACGUGUUUGGUGGUUUUAGCUGUGCUUUAGGAGAUAAGUCGGUCACAUUUUGUUCUACACAGGAAGAUACUACUUACACCGACUUCAAAAAAGAACAUCUCUCAGUGCGGAAUCUCAUCAGUAUUACCAUGCGCCGCCUCCUGCUGCUGCUGGCCAUGCUGGGCGCCGCUUGGGGCUCCAACGUCCACCGGCACUUGAACCUGUUAGCGGACGACUCCAAACGACACAAUGCAGUGACCUCCGAGCCUCACAGAGUGUUCGCUCUGUCAGCGCGGCCGCCGCCGCUGGUAGCGCUGUCCCCGGGGCGCGCCGCGGAGCUGGUCUGCGAGGCCUACGGGUCGCCGGCCCCGUCGAUACACUGGUACAAGAACGAUGCUCCAGUUUAUGAGCAUGACCUAGAAUCCAGCGAGCAGAUCGACUCGAACCCGGAAUCCCUUGCUCGAGUGGUGUCCACUCUACUCGUGACCAGCGUGGCCGGAGAGGACCAAUACCGGUGCGUGGUCAAAUCUGGAGGGAGGAUGCUGUCUGCUACUUCUACAGUCUAUAGAUCAACAGACGGUUCGGACGAGGGCGGCACGGAGCCCCCGCGGCCGCAGCCCCCGCGCAUCCUGGUGUGGUACCGCGCGUACGUGGCGCAGAUCGGGCGGCGCGCCGUGCUGCCGUGCGGCGCGCGCGGGCGCCCGCGCCCCGCGGUCCGCUGGACGCGCCGCGGCUCGGGGGACGCCGAGGAGGUGGAGCUCAAAGAUGGACCCAGGAUCAAGAUCCUGCGUUCAGGCGAGCUGGUCCUCUCCGACCUGAAGUGGAGCGAUUUAGGCGAGUACGCGUGUACGGCGCGCAACAGCCGCGGCCGUGCGCGCGCGCACACCUUCCUGUACCCCGCCAAGGCUGGAUAACAACACAUCAAUAAGAAAGAAGCGUCAAGCAUACUUAAUUUGGAUGUUCCUGUUAUAAUUAAGUUUCACGUGAAAGAACUCGCAUUUGACACCAGAACAGCAGCCGAUUCAAACCGUACUGCAGAUAGUUCUACAGUCUGGAGCACACAGCCACGUCAAGAUUUUUUGUGUGCUAGUGGAAAUACAUACUUAUAUCACUUCAUUAUCUCUUACGGGGUAGACAGAGCCAAUAAUUUCGGCCACUAUUAUUUAGUUCAUAUUAAAGUCUUUUAACAACGUU